AUUAUAGUACCUACAGCCAAGCUGCAGCUCAGCAGGGCUACAGCGCGUACGCACCUCAGCCAGCGCAAGGAUAUGCACAGACCACCCAGACCUACGGGCAGCAGAGCUACGGGAGCUACGGGCAGCCCGCCGAGGCCAGCUACACGCAGCCGCAGCCCACCGCCACCUACGGGCAGACGGCCUACGCCACCUCCUACCGGCAGCCCCCUGCCGGAUUACUGACGCUACUCCAACCCCUGGAUGGCAGCAAACCAGCAGAGACCAGCCAGCCACAGUCAAGUACAACAGGCUACAGCCAGCCCAGCCUUGGCUACGGGCAGAGCAGCUACAGCUACCCUCAGGUGCCUGCCAGCUACCCCAUGCAGCCGGUCACCGCGCCGCCCGCCUAUCCCCCCACCAGCUAUCCCUCCACACAGCCGAGCAGCUAUGAUCAGAGCACUUACUCCCAGCAGAGCACCUACGGGCAGCAGAGCACCUAUGGACAACAGACUAGCUAUGGCCAGCAGAGCAGCUAUGGCCAGCAGCCACCACCGACCAGUUACCCACCCCAGACAGGAUCCUACAGCCAGGCCCCGAGCCAGUACAACCAGCAGAGCAGCAGUUACGGCCAGCAGAGUUCCUUCCGUCAGGACCAUCCCAGCAGCAUGAACGUGUACAGCCAGGACCCUGGAGGCUUCCCUGGCCCAGGAGAGAACCGCAGCAUGGGCAUCCCCGAAAACCGGGGCAGGGGCAGAGGGGGAUAUGAUCGUGGAGGCAUGAGCAGAGGUGGGCGGGGAGGAGGACGCGGUGGAAUGGGCAGCGCUGGAGAGCGAGGUGGCUUCAAUAAGCCUGGUGGACACAUGGAAGAAGGACCGGACCUGGAUUUAGGCCCACCCAUGGACCCGGACGAGGACUCGGACAACAGCUCAGUUUAUGUGCAGGGGCUGGGUGACAAUGUGACCCUGGAGGACCUGGCAGACUUCUUCAAGCAGUGUGGUGUUGUCAAGGUGAACAAAAGGACGGGGCAGCCCAUGAUCAACCUCUACAUUGACAAAGAAACCGGCAAGCCCAAAGGAGACGCCACGGUCUCGUACGAUGACCCCUCUACCGCCAAAACGGCCGUGGAAUGGUUUGAUGGGAAGGAUUUCCAGGGCAGCAAGCUGAAGGUGAUGCUGGCGCGGAAGAAGGGCCCGAUGAACAGCAUGCGGGGC